UAAUUUAACGGUAAGCGUUUCAAUUAAUUUAAUAGUAAGCACUUUCGGAGUAUAGUCGUGGGCACACAUUUGGAGUGUUUCAUUUGAUUGCUUCUUUUUAUGUCUUCUGAAUCAGGUAUUUCUCUAUCUUCUCUCCAUUUUCUUUGAGAUUAUUACCUUUCUUUGUUUGCAAACAUGAUAAAUAUUCUGCAAGAGCUUUUUCCCUCUCAAAAACCAAAACCCAUUUCGUAUUCGUCUCUUGAAACAUGUUCAUCCCCUUCACAAACACAACCUCCUAAUAUCCCAAAAAACCCUAAUAACAGUGACGAUGCAUGUUCAUCUUUUGACAUUCUGAACUAUGAAUCAUGGGUGUGUCCCCAAGUUCUGAAGCACCACUCAAUCUUUACCUCAGAUGAAGACAUCCUCCGUUUGCAACAAAAGAUUCAGCUGACGGAUGAACUUGCAUGUCUUCCGUGUUCCGAAGAAGAACGUGUGUGUUGGCAACACACGGAUAAAAAUGAACCACAUUUCAUUUAUAUGUAUGAGUUCCUGUUUGAGAAACUGUUAAUUUCACUUCCUUUUUCGAAAUUUCAAUGUGACGUUUUGGCUACCCUAAAUGUUGCUCCUUCGCAGCUUCAUCCUAAUACAUGGGGUUUCAUAAGAGCUUUCGAGAUUCUAUGUUCUUGUGUUGGUGUUGAGCCCAGUCCCAAUAAGUUUCUGUAUUUCUUCCAAGUCAAGGUUUCGGGAAAAGUGGGAUGGAUAUCUGCAAGUGGCCGGUCAGGGAGACGGUUGUUGAAUGGUUUUUAUUCUUCCUAUAAGAACUGGAAGAACAGGUUCUUUAAAGUUGGUUCGGUUUCGGCUUCGUUUUUGUUGAAGGAAUGGGGAAAUUCUCCAUUUCCCCUUCAAUGGACAACUGAUCCUAUUCCCUUCAAUACCUUUGAGAUUGACCGAUUGGACGAGGUUGAGCGGGAAGAAAUUCAACCGCUGAUCGAUUUACCUGUGUUUCAUUGUGCUAAAUUGAUAGCACUAAAUGAAAAUUGUGGUGCUUUGAUGGCUCACUUUUCAGAGAUGACGACAUUCAUGUUCAAGAAAAAGGACUUGGAGAAAUUCAUUAACUUAAAACCUUCUCCAGAUCCGAUUACUCAUACAUCAGCUCCCAACCGUACCGUGACCUCACCUUCGGGUAGCCAGCUUAAGGAAAAGAAGCGAAAAAGACUAUCUGAGGUCCCAGCUGAGCCCGUUCCUCAUAAGCAAACCCGUGUCAUCAACUCGCCUGUCCUCCUUGCUAGUGCAGGGAAUGUGCCUUCGGUUGGUCCGGCACCGACCCUUCCAGUUCAGAACCUUGAGGCCAUGUGGGAUGAUGCACAUGGGUCUUCAUCAGAGAUUGACAGACCAUGUAUUUCUAAACUGAGGAAGGAGGAUAUGGUUGAAGCGGCUAAGGUAUACCAGCUACGCGCUUUAACUCUUAUGAAAGAGAUGGAACAAGUUAUGAUCUCAGAGAGCUUGGAGAAGCUGACUAAAGAGAAUGAAGAGGAUAAGAGGAUUAAAGAGAUUGAAGAGUUGAAACGAAAACUGGAGGUUGCUCACAAAGCUCAAGACAAACUGAAAAAAGAAUUGGUUGACUUGGACACAAAACAAGAGAAAUGGCAGAAGGAGAAAAUUGACUUAGAAUCUGCUUUGAAGAAAGAGCGCGAUCUCCUGAAAUCCACUCGGGUAAAUCUGCGUGACGAGAAAAAUAAGGUUCAGCAGGCCAUGUCUCAGGCAGCCCAUCAGUAUUUGGAAGGUUUCAAUUGUGCUAAGUCUCAAGCCGCCUUCUUGUGCUCGGAUGAAGAAGGAAGAUUAGAUGGCAUGCGCCUUUGGGGUCAGGUAAGGGAUGGCGAAAUCGUAGUUGAUGAUGAGGGAGAUGAGUGAGGAAAAUUAGAUGGCAUGCGCCUUUGUGGUCCUCAAGUGAUGAACAAAGAUGUUGAUGUCACCUCAGUAUGUUUUGUGAAAAACAUGUCUAUUUUGCUCCACAAAAACAAUAUUUUAUAACUAAUCUGUAUGAUAGUGUUUAUCACUACUGUUUUGUCAUCUAUGUAUACAAUAUUAAGGAUGAGGUUGUGUUUUAUUGUUUAUGUCAUUAGUUAGAGUAUAGCAGAUUUUGAGUACUCCUAGCAUUUCUUUGA